UCGACGUCAUGGUCAAGACUUGAAGAGCUCGACCCAUUGGCGUUCACGGACUUCCAGUGGAUGCCCGUUCCCUCGACCGGACGAUUGCCGAAACCGCAUUGCAACGUGCUUAUGGCACAAUUGUGGGAUUACUUGCACACUGCAGUACCAGCUCUGUUGAUGGACACCGGAGCAGAGGUUGUCGACCUUCACGUUUACAUCGCGAAGAUCGACCGCGAGUUCAAAACGCAACGGUACGACGAAAUCGACGCACCAUUGCUAUAUGUACGCAUUCAGAUCAGGGAAGCGACGUGCAGCGCUUUGAUCGAUUGCGGAGCAUCUCGCAACUACAUCAGCCAGGACUUCAUGGUGCGCGCCGGCCUUGGCCCAUGCGUCCGGAGGAAGCCCCAGCCUACGCAAGUCACAUUGGCGGACGGUCACACGCACAAGUCAAUCGACCGGUGCAUUGACAACGUCCCAGUGUACUUUGCCCGUCACGCAAGUGAGGCGGUGUCCUUUGACAUUCUGGACACCAAAUUCGACAUGAUCUUGGGCAUGUCAUGGCUGCGAAGCAAGGAUCACCCGGUGAACUUCUUCAAACGCACCGUUCACGUUCGUGACCGGAACGGAGUAUUAGUUCCAUGCACGGUGCCUCUUCCUCAUCCUUCGAUCAGCUGCCACGUGGUAUCCACCGCAAGCAUGCGAGCUUCCAUCAUCAGAGACGACAUCGAGGAGAUAGGGGUGUGUUUUCUCCACGCUCUCCCGCCCCAUGACGCCUCAUCGACGGACUCACCUUCGGAUCCACGCAUCACCGAACUUCUCGACGCCUACAGCGACGUGUUCGAAGGCCUGCACGGAGUAGUACCGGAUCGACCCAUCCGCCACGAGAUCAUCCUCGAGGACGGGGCCGUACCUCCGCGAGGUUGCAUCUACCGAAUGAGCGAGGAAAAGUUAAGUGUGCUUCGGGCACAACUCGACGACCUUCUAAAGAAAGGCUGGAUUCGGCCUAGCUCAUCGCCAUACGGUGCUCCUGUUUUCUUUGUCCGGAAGAAGAACAAGGACCUGCGGUUGUGCAUCGAUUAUCGCAAGCUCAACGCGCAGACGAUCAGGAACGUCGGCCCUCUCCCACGCAUCGAUGACCUUCUCGAGCGAUUGGGCGGCGCCCAGUUCUUCUCUAAGCUGGAUCUCAAGUCAGGGUACCACCAACUCGAGAUUCGCAAGGAGGAUCGCUACAAGACCGCGUUCAAGACACGGUAUGGGCAUUUCGAAUGGCUGGUCAUGCCGUUUGGCCUUACGAAUGCCCCAGCCACUUUCCAAGCGGCUAUGACAACGGAGUUCCGACACAUGCUGGAUCGGUUUGUACUCAUCUACCUCGACGACAUCUUGGUGUAUAGUCGAAGUUUGGACGAGCAUGUGGAACAUCUGCGCACCGUUUUGGAGCGGCUACGGCAAGCCAAGUACAAAGCAAACCGCGACAAGUGCGAGUUCGCACAGCAGGAGCUGACGUACUUGGGACACUAUGUGACGCCGCAAGGCAUCCGUCCGCUUGCGGACAAGAUCAAGGGCCUACGAAUAUGGCCCGAGCCCACCAACACCAUGGACGUUCGGUCAUUCAUGGGGUUGGCGGGCUACUAUCAGCAAUUCAUCACCGGAUACUCCAGGAUUGCUGCACCUAUGACGAGGUUAUACAAGCCCCACAACCGCAAUCCCUACGGCAAGUUACACCCGAUGCCUAUCCCACGGGAACCCGGUCUCUCCAUUGCCAUGGACGUCACCGGUCCGUUUCCUCACGACCGGCUCGGGCACGACGGCAUCCUCACGGUUGUGGACCGAUUGAGUAAGCACGCGCGUUUUCUCCCUUGCAAGUACUACUCCACGGCUCCCGAGCUGGCACGCCUCCUGCACACUGGUUGGAUUUGUGGCCACGGUGUACCAGAAGACAUUGUCAGCGACCUCGACACUCGUUUCAUGUCGGCGUUUUGCACUGCCCUAAUGCAGGAGUUCGGCACAACAAUUAAACCAAGUUCGGCUCAAAAUCCUCAGACAGACAGGCAGACGGAGCGGGCACAUCAAAUGGCUCAAUUGAUGCUUCGUACGCUCAUGCGUCCGGACCAGAAAGAUUGGGUCGACCCCCUCCCCGACAUCGAGUUCGCCUACAACACUUCGGUGCAUCCGGCAAUCGGCAUGACUCCAUUCGAGUUGCACCACGGUGUACGGAAAGGCCGGAUCUUCGCCGACCUUCUCCUCCCUCGACCAGCCGACAUUGACGCUGCCUACUCUCCCGCUUCCGUCCGGAAGUACAGGGAAUUGUUGACUCAAGUCCGCGCAAAUAUGCAAAAGGCUCAAGUCCGCAUGCAGCCGCAAGCCAACAGGCGUCGCGUACCAUGUCCCAUCCGCGCCGGUGAUCUGGUUUGGGUCUCUGCGGAAGAGUUUGCACUGGAACAGGAUGUUUCACGCAAACUGCUUCCCAAGUGGUUUGGACCUUGGUCUGUGACAGCAGCCGCGGGCGAUGAGCCCGAUGGCCCUUCAUUUGUGAUUAACAUUCCAGAGCAUCUGACGGUCCAUCCGGUCUUCCACGCCUCGAAGCUGGCAACAUACACGCCAGCCAAGAGCUACGACUUUCCGGACCGACGAUCGCAAGACCCUCCUUCUAUGGAUGGCCAUUAGGAAGUUGACCAUGUCAUCUCCGAUCGCUAGUACGGCAGCAAGCCGCGGCAGUACAAAGUC